GCCCCCUCAGUCGCCAGUCUACAUUUCGCGCACAUCUCCGAAUCCACCCAGAACUGCUUCAACAGUUCCUUAGUUGUCCUGCUGUUCACUGCUACUGUACCAAUCUUCGUGCUCCUCAGACUCUAGAUAAUUUCGAAAAUGUCGAUGGACGCUUCGGAUUCUGUUGCAAUGGGGCCUCCUGAAGUACCCGCCAAGGAAGAUAUGUCUACCAAUGAUAUUGAAAAGAUGGAAGAAGCAAAGCUGAAGGCCAAGUUUCCCAUGGCGACUAACAGACCUGCUCACUCUGCAUUCCUACAAAAGCGAUUGCUCAAAGGGCAAAAGUACUUUGAUUCUGGAGACUAUCAAAUGGCCAAGCAACAAACAGCCCCUAGCAAUUUUGCCAAGCCAAGACCACCAACCACGUUUAUCCCAAUCCAUACAGGAGAGGAAAUCCCUACACCUGAAUCUGUGCCAGCAAGGAAGACUUCCAUCAUCCAGCCAUCUCACAAAUUCCCUCAUCCCUAGUUUCCCUCUACCAAUCAUUAUGACUGGUUAUUUUUAUGUUUGAGCAGUUUUACUUGCUUUUUCUUUUAAUGGAGGGACAGAGUACUAUUGGCUGUAUGUGACUCAGUGGUCAUCAGCUUUUUUCCAAGUGGCUCAUGCCCAAUUACCAUGUUAGUAAUUUAUUUUUUUAUCUAUUCAAUGUCCAUGCUUGUUGUCAAAAUCAUGGUGCUUAGUAUGGUGGAUUGAGUUUGGUUCAUAUAAGAUGACUGUUGUCCUUGCUGGAUACUUUUUCUCACCAUCGAUGUUAUCUUUUUCUCACCAGUUUAUUUAAUUUUAGAAUGCAAUUUAUCAUGGACCAUAGCCUUGUUGUAUAUUAAGAAAUUUAAGUUAUUGUAUAAUUAAUUUCUUUCCUCAAAAUUUUGUAAAGUUUUUCAUGAACUUGUGUCUAGCAGCAUUCACUAUAUCUGUUAAUCUAAAUCCAUCUGGCUUGUGAUAGUGAAGUGCAUCUGCUGUCCUUAGUCUUUUAUACUGUAACCCUCCAACUAGUUUGUAAUUUUUAAUGACAGUUGUCAUUUACUCAUUCAGCAUCAUAAAAGAUGCCCUUAGAAAAGUGGAAUUUUUGGAAAUAUCUUCAGUCUCAAAUAAUUUAUGUCAUCAAUGUAUAGAUUUGGAAGACUUGAGGUAAAGUUAAUUGUAUUAGCAUGUUAGUGGUUGUAGGAGAUCUUCUCUUUACCUAUCUUUAGUAUUGUUACUCUCCUGAAACAUGAAAUAUCUAGCUGUUCCAAGUUGAUUAAGUGCAUGUUUUCCACUUGUGGAGUGUGGGCUCAGUGACAGUCUUUGAGAAGGCUCUUCACAUACUGUACUCCAAUACACGGUUGCUUUAAAUUUUAUGAAGGUACUUAUGUGCUGUGUUUCCUGUGUAAGUCAUAGAAGAUUAUUGUAGAUGUUUGUAUCCGUUAAGUGCCCACACUAAUCUGGCAGUACUUAAGUUGUGCUUGUAUGAGUUUUUUAGGUUGACUAAAAUGGUCAGGUUGCUGUUGGGAUUUGGUUUAUAAAAUCUGAUAGUAGCACCAAGUCUGUGAUACACUUGUAAGUCUGACUUUCUCUAAAUUUCUUUCAGGCUCAAUGCAUUGUUCAAACAUCUGUAAUGAAUGAAGACAAAAUUUAGAAUUGCCGCCACAUUCCUAAAUUGGAAUGAUCAUUGAAUUGCUAUUUAUUUUGAGAUUGUGUGAUGGCUGAAUAAAACUUUUAAUAGCAAAA